GUCUGCGCGGACCACUCGAGGGAGAUGGGGGCAGCGGUGGUUGUCCGACUGCUGGCAUGGUGUCUGGUGGCGGCGACGGCGUCUGCCCAAACUGCCGGAGCAGCAUGGCAGACUCCGAAAUUCAUAGAGCCAUUGGACCACGCAGAUUUCACCUUCACAGAGAAUGAAGAAUCCCCAGGUGGCAUCAUUAUUAAUCUCAACGAACAUGCCACGCCCAUAAUCGCCUUAGUCAACUACGCAGGGACUACAAUGCCGAAAAGCUCAGCGGAGACGGACCUGAAAAUAGUGUAUGCCUGGUCGGCCGCUGAUAAUAUGUAUACCAUGUCGGUGACAGGAUCCUGUGACUAUGACAAUGGUGGCACAAAACAGUUCGAGUGGAAUGUCCAGAUCGGUGAUGAAAAAAAUUCGGUCACGGUCAACCUGGUGAAUAUCAAUGACAAUCCUCCUCAGUUCAUCAACCAAGAACGAUCCUGCAAGGUCGAAGAAUAUGUUGGUGAAGAGGAAGACUUCGUUGAGGUAAAGACAACCUGCUCUAUCACUGUUCGAGAUGCAGACGGGGAUGUCGACAAGACAGCUAUGACCGUCCUUGAGAAUGGAGAGACCGCUACGGCAUUCGAAGUGAGACAAGAGGGAAGUCCGCAAAAUGGGAAAACUGAACAGGAUUACGUAUUGUAUCUUGUGAAAGGCUUGGACUACGAGGAGUAUGCAGUACAUGUUCUCAACAUACGAGCAAACGAUGGAGUCAAUGAAACGACGAUAUCGUAUGUUGUGGACGUGAUCGACCUCCCUGAUACACCGCCAGUGUGGGAUAGUUUUCUGCCGUCUAUGAGCAUCAAUGAGAAAGACCCUCAAACAGCGACUGUGGUAGCACACGACGGUGACAUCAGUAUUAACGCCGAUAUCUCUUACAAGCUGGAAGCGAAGAAUGCUGAAUACCAAGGCUUAUUCGCGAUUGGAGAGACGGACGGAGUGCUGGAAAUCGGAUGGAUAAAUCGAGACGAGCUGAAGCAGGAAACGUUCGAGGUGCUGCUGACGGCGUACGAGACAGACGACCCUUCGUCGCUGGUCACACAGGACCUCGUGGUGAUCGUGAAGGACGUCAAUGAUAACAUACCUAAUAUCACAGCGACCAGCAUCAGCACAGCGGUCAACGAAAGCUACUCUGGUACUUUCGACUUCGGCAUCACCAUCGAAGAUCCAGACCUGGCGGACAACGGGCGCUUCAGCAUCGCUCUGGAAGAAAACGAGUGGAGCGACGCCUUCCUUGUGGUGCCAGCCAGCGGGUACCAGUCGACGAAGGUCACCAUCUCAGUGCUGAACCCUGCGAGCCUGGACUACGAGAACAGCGACUGGAGAACCAUUACGCUCACGGUCGUAGCAACGGAGGAGGCAGACAAAACCCACGUCACCACCAGGGAUUUCAUCAUCGACCUCAAAGACACCAACGAUGAAUUUCCGGAAUUUACAACCCAGUCGUUUGAAGCGGAGGUGUCAGAGAGCGCGGACUUAGAUUAUCUCGUCACCACUAUCAGCGCCACUGACAAGGAUGAAGGUGACCAGAUCAGUUACAGGAUGGUCCCAUCGACCCAGCUGCAGGUGGACGAACUCAGUGGAGAGGUGACCGUGAAGCGAACACUGGACUACGAGACCACUCCGGAGCUGACACUGCAGCUGACGGCCACUGAUCUGGCUGACCACCGUGCAUACGCUGAGCUGCUCGUCACCAUCAUCGACGUCAACGAUGAAGCUCCUGACAUAGACGCGGAGCCAUCCAUUACUAAUGUGACCGAGGUACCUGAGAAAGGUAAGGUCAUAGCACAAAUCACUGCCUCCGACCAAGACACGGAAGCAGUCCUGGAACUCUCCAUCGACUGGGACGCCUCUUCCGCCACCAAACUCGGUAGAAAAGUGGACGAAGUCGAUCAACUUCUCUACACAGGCGCCUUCGAAAUUGAGACUACUGAAGACAAUAAGAGAAAUGUAAUGGCAAACUUAGUUACCACUGGAUCUCCAGAACUGGACUGGGGCAAACUUGACACCAUCUACCUCGUGCUGGUGGCGCACGACACAGCUACGGAUCAGAAGUAUCUUGAUAACAGCAAGAAAACAGUCCAAAUGACAAUUACCAUCGAUGACAAAAACAACAACGCGCCAGUAUUCAAUGAAGUUGGCACGCUGAGUGUGAAGGAAGAGGAGGCCGACCUUCCGAUCGCAUUCAUAACCGCAGUGGAUGCUGACGGCCCUGGUAACAACGAUGUCGCAUACUCCAUUAGCGGUGAGCUGGAGAUGUACGACGGUUAUGUCACUAUAAACAGUGCGACGGGUGAAAUCCGGACAAUCAAGAAGAUAGAUUGCGACAAGGAGGGUUACGCCACCAUUUCAUUGGUCGUCAAAGCCAGUGACGGAGAGCUCGACACCACAAAGACAAUAUCGAUUUCUGUAAUCGACAUCAAUGACAAUGGACCGGUGUUCGAAGACUUCGAAACGACUGUAUCCAUCCCAGAACGCACCGAUGACGGCACAGAAAUCUUGCAGAUCAUCGCAACCGAUGCUGACAUCACAGAGAAAUUCAACACGAUCAGGUACCAAAUGCAGAACACCGACGACAACCAGCUCUAUUUUGCGGUGGACAGCGUGACUGGCGUCCUGAGUGUGAGGCUAGCCGAGGGAAAGGUGCUCCGUCGAGAAGACAAAGAGACCUUCACCAUCAACAUCGUGGCGCGGGACAACUACAUCGACGGAGUGCCUGGUGAUGGAGACUCCAACUCCAACUCGACAACAAUAAUCGUGACCCUAGAAGACAUCAACGACAACGCACCAGAAUUCUUAUCACCUGAUGAAGUCAUGGUGGAUGGGUGUUUCGUAUCGGACAUGGGUGAAAUCACUGAGGAGGUGUUGAAGGAUCAAAUUAUUGGAGAAGUAAAAGCGUUAGAUACUGAUGCCGGGGAAAAUGGAACUGUAUCCUACUCCAUCAUAUCCAUCACAGAUAUAAGUACAGGGGAAGAACCAGCACUUUUCACUGUUGAUGAGACCUCUGGAAUAGUGACAGCUGCUGUUGACCUCUUAGACUUGUGGGGCGAGUAUGACGUGUUAUUCAAGGCAGUUGAUCUUGGGUCACCACCUCUGACUGGCAAUAUCACCUACACCUUUUGUGUUAAAGAUGUAAAUAACCAUAAACCUUCCUUUGUGUACCCAGAAGAUGGAGACACCAUUCGCUUAAGAGAAACACAACGUGUUGGAAGCCGACUUUAUGAUUGGCAAAAUCAACCAUUACCAGAUUUUGAAGUCACAGAUGAGGAUGAUCCAUCAACUGGAAAUGGACAGGUGACAGUUACUGUCACAGGUGGGGCUGAAGAUAUCUUCACAAUAGGUGACAGUAAGGAUAAAAAUAAAUUCCAACUCUUACUCCUACAGCCACUUUCUGACUUCCCCAAAAACUCAAGCUUUGAGUUACAACUGACAGCAAUGGAUGGUGGAGUUCCAGUACAAUCAAGAAAUAUAACGUUGCACAUCAAGAUCAUAACUAUUACAGAACAGCCCCCUAUUUUCUCAAAUCCACAGUGGACAACAAGUUUUCCAGAGAAUAGCAGCGGCAUUAAUGAGAUCAGAAUAAUACCAGAGGCAACAGAUCCCAACAAUGAAAAUCUUGAUGAAGAUGACCAACAGGCUAUAUACUAUUAUAUUGUUGGUGGAGAUGAGGAUUUGUUUCAGCUGAAUAACACCUCUCGUGAAUUAAAACUGAAUGGUCAAGAAUUAGAUUAUGAAAAUGCUACAAGCCACACCAUAUAUGUACUAGCAACUAAUAGUGAAAAAAAACCAGAAGAAGACCCUGCUCUUGAGAACAAUGAUUCAGUACUGAAAUGCAUAAUACAAGUAACAGAUGUAAAUGACAUGCCUCCAGAAUUUGAAAAUAAUUUGAUUGCUGGAGGAUUUACUAUUGACUUUGCAGUUGGUACAGUCAUCUUGACUGUUAAGGCCACUGAUCCAGAUCUGAAUGACGUGGUAACUUAUCGCCUGUACGGUGACAUUAGUGCAUCCACUGACAGUCUAACCAGUAUUAAAGAUAAUGCACUAUUGGUAGAAGAAAAUGGUGAUAUAGUUCUCAAUUUUGAACCACAAGAUGAGACACUGGAUGGAUUCUUUUCAUUUGAAGUACGUGCUAGGGAUUCAUUUAGUCCAGAUGACGUAUUUGGUCAUUAUGCAGAUGCCGAAGUGCAGGUGCAUGUAAUAUCAAAUAUUCAUCGAGUCACAUUCCAGUUCCUCAACAACAGGACAUAUGUUGAGAGCACAAGAGAUAUGGCAAGUAAAAGCUAG